UGUAGUAGAUCUUUCUUGAAUCGUUUAAAGGGGCAAUAAUUUCCACCAUAAAUCACGAUGGCAAAGCUUGUUCAUAACGUCCAGAAGAAACAACAUCGCGAGCGUUCGCAGACCCUGGAGAGGGCCAAAUAUGGUUUGCUUGAGAAGAAGAAAGAUUAUAAACUCCGUGCUGCUGAUUACCACAAGAAGCAAGCGGCCAUAAAGGCACUCAAGCAAAAGACAGCCACAUACAACCCAGAUGAAUACUACCAUGCGAUGACCAGUCGUAAGACUGACGACAGAGGGGUGUUGGUUGCCGACAGAGGUAACGAAACCCUUUCUGUGCAACAAGUGAAAUUAAUGAAGACUCAAGAUGUAAAUUAUGUUCGUACCAUGAGAUUAAAUGAAAAGGCCAAGAUUGACAAACAGAAGCAAGAGCUCAACUUCAACUCCCAGGGGAAACAUACCGUGUUUGUAGACACCCACGAAGAACAACAGGCAUUCAGACCGGAAGAAUUCUUCCAAACCGACAAAAGUUUAUUACGUCGUAGAGAAAAUAGAUUGAAAGUGGCUCAAUUGGAAACCAAUCUGAAGGUGAUACAAGGACAAACAGAGGAAGAACAAGACUUUAAGAAUAUGAAAAAAUUGAAACAAUACAAGUUAUUGAAGAGAAGAUUGGAUCGUGAGAAGCAAUUGAAGGAGGUUGAACUGAGAAUGGAAAACACCAGGGAAUUGAUGAAGAAGGGUAACAAGAAGAAGGUUGCGGAUGCCUCUGGCAAGGUGCUGUUCAAGUGGAAGAACCAAAGAAAGAAGUAGAUGUAUAUUAGUAAUGUUAUCUCGAUAGAAUAGAUUGAGAAGGAGAUAAAUGAUAUGUAGAAAGAACAAGGAGUACAGAUGAGGGAUUUGGAGU